AUGAGCUGGAGCUUCCUGACCCGACUACUGGAGGAGAUUCACAACCACUCCACCUUUGUCGGAAAGAUAUGGCUGACGGUUCUUAUAGUCUUUCGCAUUGUACUGACCGCGGUGGGUGGUGAAUCCAUCUACUAUGACGAACAAAGCAAAUUCAUCUGCAACUCAGGCCAACCAGGCUGUGAGAACAUCUGCUACGACACAUUCGCUCCACUGUCUCACGUCCGCUUCUGGGUCUGUCAAAUCAUUGUGGUGGCCACUCCAUCACUAAUGUAUCUUGGUUAUGCCGCAAACAAAAUUGCUCAGUUGGAGGAGGACAAGAAGGAUGUGUAUACUAAGAAAUUAUGUCUCAGAAGUCAACGGGAUUACCCUGGGAUUGAAGAAGCAGAGGAAGAUCUGGACGAGGACCCAACUAUCUACAAUUGCACUGAAGUAGAGAACGGAAGUGACAGGGCCCCAGAGGGGCUUGGAGUAUCCUUUACGAAUGAGAGCGGUAAGACACGGCAUGACGGUCGGAUGCGAAUACAAAGAGAUGGACUCAUGCGAGGCUAUGCAUUUCAGCUUCUAGCACGCUCAGCUCUGGAAGUUGGCUUUCUGGCGGGACAGUAUGCUCUCUAUGGGUUUUCCGUGCCAUCUCGAUUCCUGUGCUCAGACGAGCCUUGUCCACACAGUGUGGAUUGCUUCAUUUCUCGACCAACAGAGAAGACUAUCUUCCUGCUUAUCAUGUACUCUGUGACACUGCUCUGUCUUCUUCUCAACAUUUGGGAAAUGCUUCACUUGGGUGUGGGUACAAUGCUGGACCUCCUGUGCUUGAGACAUCACCCCAGCCAGGACCAGGAUGAAUAUCAGCUUGUUCCACUACCUGCUGACCCAGUACAGCCUGUAAUCGCAGCAGAGGGAAGUGGUGAUGGUUUUGGAAGUGACCUCUUCUCAUGGAAUUCUGCCACCCCUUUAGCACCAUCAGGCUACAACAUUGUGGCAAAGCCAAAACUUAUGCAGUUCACAGAGAUGAGCAGCAACACCAAUUUGGCUUGCAACCAGAACCAGACCAACAUUGCCCAGGAUGAGGAGCUACAUGCACCACAGAAGUUUGGAAGACCUGAGGACAAAAUUGUUCAGGUCAGCGGUGGAAGUAGACGGGAAUGUCAAGCACCCCACCAGGAGUUACAACAACCCCAGAUGAAUCAGGAGGCUUUAGCAGCCUACACUCAUCAACAAAUUAACAGCAAGUCUAGCAGGAUGCACUGUGAUCACAAACCCAGAGAGUAUAUGGUUACCAUGCUUGGCCGGGGCCAGUGGGACCAUAGGAGCCGCAAAUCAGACAUGGGGAAUCCUUCAGUUUGGAUUUGA